AUGCAAACUGCACGCGAGUCUCAGGACGGCGUCCAACCAUCAUCUAUCACCUCAGCUCGAAGCAACUCCGUCGGUCCUUCGGCUUCGGAGAGUAACUUGAAAGCCGAAGCGAACAAGGAACACAGUGAACGUCUAAUGGACAACGCAGACAUCAUCUCACCGGUUCAGCCACUUGGCACAGACGACAAAGUUGUGACUGAUGGCCUCUUCGUGUCGACUUCGAACGACACGGCCACGACCAACGAGAGCGAUGUCGUCAGAACUUCCUCCAGGAGCAGCGGCGGCCCGUUCUCCAAUGUCGACGCCACGGAUGCUUCCACCGUCGACACCUACCGGCCGGACCCUUAUGACUUUGGUCGACACCGGCGUAACAAUGUCUCCAAGAAGCAGAUGAAGAUUGAGCAUCCUAACGGCAAUAAGAGAAAGCUGAAAAAGUUCUACAAUCGACAGAAUGAACUCAUUGACCAGUUCCUCGGCGCCGAGGACGAGGAGAGGCAGCAGGUCGCCGAAGCCGCGCGAAUGGGUCCCAAGAUCAAGUUCGCCGUAAACGCCUCUUUCACGGUCAAUUUCUGCCUCUUUGUCAUUCAGCUCUACGCUGCCGUCUCCACUGGGUCUCUGUCGCUUUUUGCCACUGCCGCCGACGCAUUCAUGGACCUGGUAUCAUCCUUUGUGAUGCUCAUCACCUCUAGGAUGGCGGCCCGGCCGAGCGUUUACAAGUAUCCGGUGGGACGAACUCGGAUUGAGACGAUUGGCAUCAUCUUGUUCUGCGCGUUAAUGACAACUGUUGCAAUUCAACUGCUUGUCGAGUCAGGCCGCGCGCUUGGCGAGGGUAAGCGAGCUUCUGAACAACUGCACAUCGUCCCCAUUGUCAUUGUCGGCGUAGCCAUCUUCGCCAAGGCCUCCUUGAUGAUCUAUUGCUUCGCUUAUCGAAAGUUCCCUUCGGUGCAUGUCUUCUUCAUAGACCACCGCAAUGACAUAUUCGUCAACAGCUUCGGUCUUGUCAUGUCCGUUGUGGGAGACCGCUUUGUGUGGUACCUUGAUCCCCUUGGUGCAAUCUGCAUUGCGCUGCUCAUCCUGGUCUCCUGGGUAUCCAACGCCUUUGAACAGGUCUGGUUGCUCGUUGGCAAAUCAGCGCCGAGGGAUUUUGUCUCGAAGCUGAUCUACAUGUCCAUGACUCACGAUACUCGGAUUCUCAAAGUCGACACUUGCCGCGCUUAUCACGCCGGGCAAAACUACUACGUGGAGAUUGACAUCGUCAUGGACGAGACGACACCCCUCAGGAUCUCGCACGACGUUGCUCAGGAAUUGCAACGCAAGGUCGAAGGACUGUCUGACGUCGAAAGAGCGUUCGUCCAUGUUGAUUACAGCGAGGCCCACGAUCCACACGAAGAGCAUAAGCCCUUGUACGAGAGACUGUCAAAGAAGCCCAACAAGAGGACACUGAAGGACAUCUUGUUGCGGACGAAGAAAGACACGACGAACGUCACAGAGAUUGAAAUUUCCAGCGGUCGAAACUCGGCAUGGCAGAAGGGGAAAAGGGAUGGACGAUGA